UAUGGAGACGGGCGUUAUAAAUAGGGGGACGCACUGAUCUCAUUCGCAGUUCAUCCCCCGUCCAGACAAAGAAACGGUUCUCAGGCAAACAUUACCAGUCAUGUUUAAAUUUGGCGUGAUGGUGCCUUUUCUGGCCGUGAUGAUCCUUGCUGUGAUCAGGGAUGUCAAAGCUGCCGACUGUGUUGACGACGACGGUUGUGGCGCCCACGGUACCUGUCCUGCCACUACCGCACCAUGUGUGUGUACAGACGGAUACUCGGGGGAUGGCUGUACAGCAGCACCGUGUACUAGCGGAGGUGGUGAGUGUGGCUCUCACGGAAGCUGCAAUACAGGUGGCACCACUGUGAAAUGCGAUUGCACAGAUGGAUACAGUGGGGUCCUUUGUGCAGACGCACCGUGUACUAGCGGAGGUGGUGAGUGUGGCUCUCACGGAAGCUGCAAUACAGGUGGCACCACUGUGAAAUGCGAUUGCACAGAUGGAUACAGUGGGGUCCUUUGUGCAGACGCACCUGUUUGCACUGCCAGUGGAAGUGAAUGUGGCACCCACGGUAGCUGUGACACAAGCGGCACUAUCGCCUCCUGCACCUGCACUGAUGGAUACACGGGCACCACAUGUACAACCGCACCGUGUACCAGCGGGGGUAGUGAGUGUGGCACUUACGGAACCUGCAAUACAGCCGGCACCACCGUGAAGUGUGAUUGCACACCUGGCUAUACCGGGACCCUUUGUACACAACGAUCAGGAGGAAACCGUGUUACUUUUCUUGCACAACUUCUGCUGAUUCCCAUAGUCCUUUCUCGCUAUAUGCAGUAACAACUUUCCCCUCGUGACAACAGAAUGAAGAAAAUUCGCUCCGUUUGAUACAUUAUUAAUCACUUUCGAGUUCCUGCUCUACUAUCAAAGAGAAUGUUUAU